UGCGCGCCCUGCAACCCGGUUGUGGAGCCGCCGCGACCUGGGGUUCUAGAGUUCAAACCCAACGGCGAGAUGCCCCGUUUAUGACUGAGUGGGAGAGAAGACGUGAUGUGAAGGGGUCUGGAAACCGAGACCUGGGGACCCCACUUGGGAAGCCCCCCUUCCUUUUCGCCCCUCGCCCCUCCAGGGAUUCCCACGUUGACCUCCGCCCGCGACCAGAGUCACCGACUCACAGCCGCUGGUUGGAGCAAUGGUGCCACCUAGCGGACCAUGUCGGAGAGGCCCACGGUGGCAGCGGCGGGGACCCCAGCCUCGAGGGGGUGCUAAUGACAGGCUGGAGUGGCGCUUCAGCACCAUCGUGGGCCGGACAGCUCCUCCCGCCCCCACCCCUCGAAACCCGUCUUCCGAGCCCCUCGGAAGGGACCCAACGGAGGACCCAGAAGGAACUCCGAACCUACCCAGACCGCAUCUGACAGCCCCCGGUGGCCAGUCUGCGAGGCUGGAGUGCGGGAACCUACUACUCUCCCUUCUCUAAACCCUCCCUCUUUCUUCUUUGUCCAGCCUAAGUGGCGGAGACUAAGCGGCCCAGGGCUGCGGAGGGGAGGGUCACGCAUUUGACUGUCCAUCCUACACUCUCAGACGCCGUGUUCCUCAAUUUUUACUAGAGAGGAGCCCAGGGGAGGGCUGGGGAGGAGACGGGAGCUCCUAUAAAUCCAGAAACCUGCAAUCUCUGCCCCCGGAAUCGAGGCAUAAGUCUGUUGGCAGGCUCUAGGACAGCCAGGAAGGUGGAAAGCCGGUUGGUCGAGCGGGAGGCUGGUGGAGCGGAGGGCGGAUCUGAGGGCUUUAGGGCCGCGCGGAGUUCCGGCGGUGGGCGGGUCGGGGGCGGUGCGCGCGCAGCCGCAGACGGCGGCCCGAUGGAGCCUGAGCUCGACCCUGCUGCUGUGGAGGUUCCCGCCGGGCGCGUGCUCUGUGCCCGGGAGCUCUUCGCUGCCCGCUCGCGGUCCCAGAAGCUGCCUCAGCGCUCGCAUGGGCCCAAGGACUUCCUCCCCGACGGCUCGGCGGCCCAGGCCGAGCGGCUGCGCGUGUGCCGCGAGGAGCUCUGGCAGCUGCUGGCGGAGGAGCGCGUGGAGCGCCUGGGCAGUUUGGUGGCUGCCGAGUGGAGGCCAGAAGCGGGCUUCGUGGAACUGAAGUCUCCCGCGGGUAAAUUCUGGCAGACCAUGGGCUUCUCAGAGCAGGGCCGGCAGCGACUUCACCCCGAAGAGGCCUUAUAUCUGCUGGAGUGUGGCUCCAUCCAGCUUUUCCACCAAGAUCUGCCACUGUCUAUUCAGGAGGCCUACCAGCUACUGCUGACUGAGGACACUAUGACUUUUCUGCAGUACCAGGCAUUCAGCCACCUGAAGAGACUGGGCUACGUGGUUCGACGAUUCCAACCAAGCUCCAUCCUGUCCCCUUAUGAGAGACAGCUGAACUUGGAUGGCAGUGCCCAGUGCUUAGAGGAUCAGAAUGGCAAGAGGAAGAGGAGGAGCUCCAGCUCUCGGUCCAUUAAUAAGAAGGCCAAGGCCCUGGAGAAUCCCCCACAGGGGGUGAAUGAGACACCUGAGAGCCUGACAACCUCCAGCCCACCUCCUUGCGACGAGGACAGCCGAUGCGUAGAGGAGAAACCUCAGGAGUCAAGCCCUGUAAAGGGCCCAGUGGGCCCAUCUCAGCUUCUGGGAUCCCUGGAGCCCUGGCCUGACCUGGCUGACAAGGGGGUGGGGUGCAGCCAGGAGAGUGGCAAAGUAGAGAACGGGGUCAAGGGGGUUUGUAAGCCACGCUGGAACUUUGAACAGAUCUCCUUCCCCAACAUGGCUUCAGAUAGCCGCCACACCCUUCUGCUUGCCCCAGCCCCAGAGCUGCUCCCGGCCAAUGUCGCUGGGCGGGAGACAGAUGCUGAAUCCUGGUGCCAGAAGCUGAACCAAAGGAAGGAGAAGCUUUCCAGGCGGGAACGGGAGCAACGAGCAGAAGCGCAGCGCUUCCGGGAGGAUGUAAACUCGGAUCCCGAGGUGCGGUGCUGCUCCAGCUGGCAGGAGUACAAGGAGCUGCUGCAGAGGAGGCACCUGCAGAAGAGCCAGAGCCGCCCCCCGCACCUGUGGGACCAGCCUGUCAGACCCUUGCUGAGUCCUGGCCAGGCAGACUCCCCAGCCACAGCCCUUCAGCAUAUCUCUGUGCUGCAGACCACACACCUUGCUGAUGGAGGUGCCCGGCUGCUGGAGAAGUCUGGGGGUUUGGAGAUCAGCUUUGACAUUUACCAGGCUGAUGCCGUGGCCACAUUCCGAAAGAAUAACCCUGGCAAGCCCUACGCCCGGAUGUGCAUUAGUGGAUUUGAUGAACCAGUUCCAGACCUCUGUACCCUCAAGCGGUUAUCCUACCAGAGUGGGGAUGUUCCUCUGAUCUUUGCCCUGGUGGAUCAUGGAGACAUCUCCUUCUACAGCUUCAGGGACUUCACGCUGCCCAGGGAUCUGGAACACUAAUCACCCUGCUCUGGCAGGGCAUGGGACCUGCUCUGGGGGACCUGGACUGUCUACUCUCAGGGACCAUCUCAGCUGCCUCCUAUACCCAGACCCUGACCUGUAGCUUCAGGGGCUAGUCUGGGCCUUGGCCCUGGGUGUCUGAUGCUUGCAGGAGAACGAAGCCAUGCCCCCCCCACCUGGCUUCCAUAGUCCCAGGCCUGAGAUUGCUGUCGUGCAGUGAUCCCCUUGGAACUCAGGACUAGAUUUCAGAGACCCAGCGGGGUGGGGCAGGAGAGGACUCUGUGCCUUUAAACGAGAGGGUGCCUGCUUCGUACGAUAAAGCCAAAGCCAUUAAAAAAUAGAUCGCUUUUCUGCUGUGGCUGGAGAUAGUGGACAAGUCCCGAGCCUGAGCCUCAAGCCCUCCUUUCUCUUCCUUA